AUGAAUGAGAGCACGGCCUCGAUGAUCCAAGCUGCUGCUGAAGACGGCCACACGGUUGGACUCAGAACAAACCCAAGCAGAAACUACGAGACGAUCUCAGACAAGGACGCCAUCUACAGCGACUUGGAUCACCAGGUGUCGUACAUCGAGGAUGUGUCUGGUGAGAAAGUCCAGUUCGCCAGGUCUCCGUUGAAUAGUUCCAACAUGCCUAAUGAAUACGUUUACGACUAUUUCGUAGAGAACAACAUCAUAAUGACACAAUCGGCAUUCAGCCCAUACGACGCAGGAACCAACCCAACUGAGGCAGUUGAAAACCAUUUUAGGCUUCUUUCUCCCAGCUUUGAUUCACGUAUUGUUUCGCUGUAUGGAUCGAGGCUACAAGAGGACGAGGAGCUCCAGAACAUCAUCAACGUAAUCAGAGGCAACGGCUUCUCAUUUGUGACACUUGAGAAAUGUCUUCCAGACUACAAACCUGGUGACUCGGCCGCAGCAUUCUCAGAGUGCAAGCAGUCGUCCAGUGGUGCCCCAACCAUCAUCAAUCGUGGCUUCAUUACACUGUUAACCUAUCUAGCUCAUUAA